AGUCCGUUCAGAGAGCGACAUGACAACCGCGAUCGACUGACGCUACACAUACACGCCACCCAACACAGAUUACAGUGAACUGAAGCGCUGGAGAUGCUGAAAGUGACAAUGCCCGCCUCUAGAGCCGCUGCUGAAUACUGGAUCGACGGAUCCAAGAAAGAGACGCUGGCGGACUUCUAUGAGCUGGAGUCUGAAUUGGGACGGGGAGCCACAUCAGUGGUGUUCAGAUGCCAUCAGAAAGGCACCCAGAAGCACUAUGCUGUGAAAAUGCUAAAAAAAACAGUUGACAAGAAGAUUGUACGAACGGAGAUAGGUGUAUUACUGCGCCUCUCUCAUCCAAAUAUAAUCAAACUAAAGGAGAUCUUUGAGACCCCUGCGGAGAUUAGUCUCGUGUUAGAACUUGUUACCGGCGGAGAAUUAUUUGACAGGGUGGUGGAGAAGGGCUACUACAGCGAACGAGACGCCGCUGAUGCAGUUAAACAAGUGCUGGAGGCAGUCGCGUGUGUUCUCCACCACACUGGCUCUCACUUCAUCAAAGAUGGCGGUUGCCAAGGAGAUAGUAAGAAAGUGGGCAAAUUUCUCAUGGGCUGGAUUCAGUUGGUGGGCUGCAAUAAGAGAACGCCAACUCUCCAGCUCCCACCAGGGCAUAAAACAAGAGCAGAGGAACGGAAACGGAAACGCUCGGAUUUUGGUUUGUCGAAAAUUGUAGACGAUCAGGUAACAAUGAAGACUGUGUGUGGGACUCCAGGCUAUUGUGCUCCUGAGAUUUUGCGGGGAUGUGCCUAUGGCCCUGAGGUUGACAUGUGGUCUGUGGGAGUUAUCACGUACAUUUUGUUAUGUGGUUUUGAGCCCUUUUUUGAUGACAGAGGAGACCAGUACAUGUUUAAACGCAUCCUGAACUGUGAAUAUGAAUUUGUCUCCCCCUGGUGGGACAAUGUGUCUCUCAAUGCCAAGGACCUUGUGAAGAAACUGAUUGUCCAGGAUCCAAAGAAACGGCUGUCGACACAGCAGGCACUGCAGCACCCCUGGGUCUCUGGAAAGGCUGUUAACUUCACUCAUAUGGACACGGCUCAGAAGAAACUCCUGGAGUUCAAUGCUCGAAGAAAACUCAAGGCAGCGGUCAAAGCGGUGGUUGCUUCAACUCGAUUGGGCAGCGCAGGAAGCCAUGGCAACCCAGACGGCAACAAACCCGACAGCAGUCCCUCCUCUAUCAAAGAGAAGACAGCAGAGGAUCAGCCAGACACUGAACAGCCUCAGAUUCAGAAUGAAGGCUCUUAGAUCUCCACAGAGCCUCACUGGAACUCAAACUUCUUCCCUUCAAGAAAGGAACGUUGCUUUUCGCAAGUGGGCCUCAUAAAGGAAAGAACGGAUGGGCUUUGUUUGGUUCUCCUGCAUGCGGACUUGUUUGUCUAUAGAAACGUCCCAAAUUGUGACUCAGCCAGUUGCCAUACCAUGCCAACAUUUGAUAAGUCCGUAACUUUGGAUUUUGUACAGUGAAUGAACAUCAUUGGAUGGUAAUGAGAAGAACCAAAUGUCUUCAGAUGAUCAUUACAUCUGUGGCAGUUAAUAUUUAUAUUAUCAUGCUUUUUUUAGAUAAUUGCCAAAUUAUCAUAGUACUUUCAUGGACAUAUUUUGCUUUUUAGCUGUAGAAAUUACAUUUGUGCUGCUUUUUAUUGAAAUCAUUUUAUUCGUUAAGGUUUUUUUACGUAAUAUUGGUCACUGGUAGAGAAAGAUGUGGACAUUGAACUAAACCUUUACAUAAGAUUCAACUGAGAAUGCCUUAUCAUAUACCAUUUUUUAUAAUUCAUUCAAAAUUAACAUUUUAAAAUACUACUAAACAAUUUGUCUUAAACUUGGACAAUAAGCAUAUUGUACUUUGUUUAAAUAGGGAUAUGCAGAUUUCUUCUUUACUUUCAUUAAAUCUGUGUUGAGAACAUUAUAUUAGGCCUAUCUGACACACACACACACACACAAAUUGCAAUGAAAAACACUCCCUUGUGCCAAAAUGUUCUUCAUUUUAAGUAGACUUUUUAUCAUCUCAUAUAAAAAGUCCUGCUAAUUUAGGAAUUUUCCUUUAAAAUAAUUCAAACCUAUUUGGUUUUUAUCCAAAUGCCUUAUUGGCAAUACAAUUCAUCUCAAAAGUCAGUGCUUUACUUAUGAGUCUGUGAUUUAAACACACAUAGAAGAACAUGGAGGAGUUUUUUUAACCUAUUCAAUAUUCUUUAAAGCAUGCUUUUAUUGUAUGGUAUGAGGGAAUGCUGUUUGAUAAUCUGAUAAUCACAUGUAAGGAAUGUAAUGUGGAUAUACAGGGGUUCAUGUUUUGCAUGUAGGAAUGUUAUCUUAACUGCUGCAAUUGUCUUUUUAAAUGCACUGUAUUUUACAGAUAAAACUCGCUGUCUAAUUAACAGUAUGAUAUUGGAGGCCAUUUGACGGUCACUUUGUACAUGACACUAGUGUGUCAACUUUGUUUAUCUGCUUGUUUCUUAUCUAAGGACUCAAAAUGCCUAUAAGAUAGCACUGAAUAUUACUUGCAUAAAUAAAGAAU